UUCUCCCCACCGUAAGGGUGUAAUACAAUCAGGGAAAGUGUGUGUGAGCUGCGAGUCUAGUAACAAACGCUACGCAUAAAAGACUCAUCAGUUCGAAUACCGCACGCAACAUAACAUAGGUCGCGGCGUAUGAGAGAAUUCCUCGCAGAUUAGGACUUGCUCCGUGAACGUCUUUGCCGUUAUUUCGCGACCAAUACACUCGACUGCCGCUUUCUCAUCAACACUGCCCACAAAAGAGGAAAAAACAUGAUCAACACUGGAAAGCUAGCUGGACGUACGCUCUUCAUUACGGGAGCUUCGCGAGGCAUAGGCAAAGCAAUCGCACUAAAAGCCGCCCAAGAUGGAGCGAAUGUCGUGGUCGCAGCAAAGACGGCCGAUCCACAUCCGAAACUUCCCGGCACAAUCUACACAGCAGCAAAGGAGAUCGAAGCCGCUGGCGGUAAAGCUCUUCCUUGCGUGGUGGACGUACGCGAUGAAGGAGCCGUUCGGACCGCCGUACAGAAUGCCGUGGCCAAGUUCGGUGGAAUCGAUAUCGUAAUCAACAAUGCCAGUGCGAUCUCACUCACGCCAACGGAACAAACCGAUAUGAAGCGAUACGAUCUAAUGCAUCAGAUAAACUCCCGUGGCACGUUCCUGGUAUCAAAAGAAUGCAUUCCUUACCUUCGCAAAAGCAACCAUGCACAUAUCUUGAAUAUUUCACCACCGUUGAACAUGGCUCCGCUUUGGUUCAGCAAUCACGUCGCCUACACCAUGGCCAAGUACGGAAUGUCGAUGUGUGUUCUUGGUAUGGCGAAGGAGUUUGAGAAUGCCAACAUUGCCGUCAAUGCGCUCUGGCCCCGUACUGCCAUCCACACGGCAGCCAUGGAGAUGCUGACGGGUAAGGAGAGUGAUCAAUUUUCGCGCAAACCGGAAAUCAUGGCUGAUGCGGCAUACGCCAUCCUUUCGAAGGAACCCCGUUUUGCAACGGGCAAAUUCUUGAUCGAUGACGAGGUCCUCAAGGCGGAAGGUAUAACAGACAUGAAGCAGUACGCGUGCGUGCCAGCGAACGCAGACAAACUGAUGCCGGACUUUUUCCUCGACGUCGAGCCGGAAAAGUUGGUGGAAUUCGCGGCAGAAGGUAGCCAUGCGGCUUCGUUGAAGAAACCGGCUGCUGCUCCCAAUGGUAAGAUUGAGGGAUUGUUCGUGAAAAUCGAGAGCCUGCUCAGUGAAGAGAUCGUCCGCAAGACGGGUGCCGUGUACGAGUUCAAGGUGAAGGGUGACGAAGCCGGAACGUGGUUCGCCGAUUUGAAGAAUGGUACUGGCAAGGUGGGCAAAGGCACUCCGCCAGCAACGGCUGAUGCGGUGCUGACGAUGGAUUCCAAGCACUUCUUCGACAUGUUCACAGGAAAACUUAAACCGGCAAAUGCAUUUAUGACGGGCAAGCUGAAGAUCUCCGGCGAUCUACAGAAAGCGAUGAAGUUGGAAAAAUUGAUGGGCGGUUUAAAGUCGAAGCUUUAAGCUAAUGGCAAUAUGAAUGGGAAGUGGGUGGAUCGUUUGGUCAUUUUCUUGAUUGGCAUGUAAGGGAAAAGUUUAAUAAAUAUGUACAAUUUUCAUAACAUCACUCUACCUCAAAAGUGCUUGAAAUUUCAGCAAAGCGGCUAUUGGUCCACUACAUAUUCUGAAAAAGACAAAAUCAAAUAAAGAAAACGUUAAUGACAUAA